GUUUGGCACCAUGUCAACCACUGCUUUUUCCACGGAAUGCCCUUCCAGCCAGUCGCCAUUCUUCUCCCAGCAAUCCACCUCCUCGAUCCAACAUGAUGGCGACGGAUCCCCAUAUCGCGCCGCAUUUACGCGAUCGCUGGCCCUUCAACCACGCGACACGUUGCACUUCUCCACGUACGGCAUGGGACUUGCGCCCGAUGUGUCGUUUGAAAGUGUGCAAUCCACGCAUGCGUUUCUCACGGCCAACAUGAAUGAAAUAUGGCCACUGUUUUUCGAGCACGACCUCCCCGCCGCCGAACGCAACGUAUUGGCGUCGCUCGGGCUGACUGGCGACGACUACUCACAGGACCAACCCACGUUCCACGUGAACUUUGGUGCCAACGUACAUGAAUUCUUGGUGCGGCUGUUCAGCUGCCACCGUCAGAACGACACACCGUUGACGGUCGUGACAAGCGACGCCGAGUUUGUAUCGUUGACUCGGCAACUGGCUUCGUGGUCGCACGUUGUAGACGUGACCACAGUGCCGUUGCAACCUCACGCUUCGUUUGGGUCUCGUCUGCGACAACGUGUCGCUGUGUUGUCCCCGACGCUGGUCCACGUCAGCGCCGUCUACUCCAACUCGCAGUACCGGUUUCCCGAUUCGGAACUCACUGCGCUCGUGGAUGAGCUACCGCCAGGUUCCAUGUGCAUUGUAGACGUCGCGCAAGCUUUUGAAAACGUAGUAUUGCAACUCCCUCGCUCCAAGUCGUUGGUGGUCGUUGGCAGUGGGGUCAAGCACGCCACGGCGGGUCCUGGCAUGGGCUUCGUGGCGUUCCCAGUCAACGUGUGGACCCCUGCCAACACGGGCUGGAUUGCGCACUUGGGGUCGAUGACUCGCGCCCCGUCGUCCACGGUCGAGUACACCCCCGAGCUGGCGUUUGCAGGGGGGACCCCGGGGUACCACUACGCCGUGCGGCAAUUCAAUGACGUCCAAGCGUUUUAUUCGGCAAAGCAAUGGACCCUGGCAACGCGGCACGCAUAUGUGUUGACGUUGCAGGCCCAGUUUAUCCAGUGGUUAACACAUGCCAAAGUGCUGGAGCCCCAGAACGAACACGAGGGGGUUCACGAGAGCGACGUGUACAACCGAUCCAAGGCCAUUGUUCUGACGCAUUCACAAGCAGACAAGGUGCACCACCACCUUGUCACACCAACGAGUAGUCGCCCCACGGUGUUUCACUGUGAUGUGCGGCUUGGCGACCGCCUGCGACUCGGGUUUGGGCUGCACCAUGUACCGUCUGAAGUGCGAGCGUUGGCAGACGCAGUGAUUGAUGGUUGGCACGAAUUGCACACUACCGAGCGCAUACGUUUAUAUCUUUAGCGUCGGCCAGGAUAUAUGUACUGCCGUUACUUGAAUAGUAUGAUGGCGUGGGCAUCAUUCUGUUAGUGAUCGAGUUCGAGCGGGAUGUUUCGACCUGGCAUAACGAAUACGGUGUAAUGUACACCAUGGUUGCGCGAGUAACGUUGGAAAGUAAAGCGAAGUGGCGAAAUCAAGCAAAGGUCCGCUCCCCGAGAAGGGAGGAAAACGCACUCCUAGUCAGUUUUCUACUAAAAGACCAAAGCCGUUCCUGGCUGUUCCCAUUGAAUAUAAAUGAACACGAUACUCUGUGCUCAUAAGCGCUGA